CCUGCUUCUGAGGGGAUAUAAAGGCUGAAGGAGCAGCCUCAGUCCUCUGUGCCAGGGUUUGCUGGAAGAAGGAGGGAUGGGACCCGAAAGCAGCUUGAUCCUCUCUCUCCUCUGCUGGGCGGUGGGCGAGGUGGCUGCCUACCCACCCUGGGACUUCUCCUGGGGUGACCCGGCGAGCCGGGAGGCGCGGGCAGACUCCAACACCUGGUCCUGGGUGGGGGACUCCCCGUCUCCAGGGACCUACAGGCAGCACCCGGUGACGGUGCAGUGCCAGGAGGCUCAGCUGGUGGUGACGGUGCACAGGGACCUCUUCGGCACCGGCCGCCUGGUCAGCGCGGCAGACCUGACGCUGGGGCCGGCGGCGUGCAAGCAUUCCUCGCUGAGCCGCGCCCACAACACCGUCACCUUCACCGCCGGCCUCCACGAGUGCGGCAGCACCGUGCAGAUCACGCCGAAUUCCCUCAUUUACCGCACGCUGCUCAACUACGACCCCAGCCCUGCCAGCAACCCCGUCAUCAUCCGCACCAACCCCGCCAUCAUCCCCAUCGAGUGCCACUACCCCAGGAGGGAGAACGUGAGCAGCAAUGCCAUCCGGCCCACCUGGGCUCCCUUCAGCUCCACGCUGUCAGCAGAGGAGAAGCUGGUGUUCUCCCUGCGCCUCAUGAAUGACGACUGGAGUGCCGAGAGACCCUUCACCGGUUUCCAGCUGGGCGAUGUCCUCAACAUCCAAGCGGAGGUGGGCACCGAGAGCCACGUGCCGCUGCGGCUGUUCGUGGACAGCUGUGUGGCCGCCCUCAGCCCCGGCACUGACUCCUCGCCCCACUACACCAUCAUCGACUUCAACGGGUGCCUGGUUGAUGGGAGGUUGGACGACACCAGCUCUGCCUUCGUCACCCCCCGGCCCCGGGAGGACAUGCUGCGCUUCAGGAUUGACGUCUUCAGGUUCGCAGGGGACACCAGGAACCUGAUCUACAUCACCUGUCACCUGAAGGUGACCCCAGCAGACCAAACCCCAGACCCCCUGAACAAGGCUUGCUCCUUCAACAAAGCCAGAAACACCUGGGCACCCGUGGAAGGCACCCGGGACAUCUGCAGCUGCUGUGAGAUGGGCAACUGCGGGUCCCCUGCGCUCUCCCGGAGCCUCAACCCCCUGGAGCGAUGGCCCAGCCGCCGCUUCCGCCGCCACGACACCAAGGGGAAAGAGGCUGAAGCUGACGUGGUCAUCGGCCCCGUGCUGCUCUCGAUGGAGCCGGGCGCGGGGGGACGGCAGCAGGAGGGUGGUCAGGGCGGGGUGACGGCCGUGCUCGGCGUGGGGACGGUGCUGCUCUGCGUGGUGGCCGGCGUGGGGCUGGCAGCAGCUGUGCUGGCCAUCGGCGUGGGCCGCAGGAGGUGCACCCGUGCUCAGGCCUGAGCGUGGGGCCAGAGCCCAAUAAAGCCUGGGAAGGACAAA